AUGUCUGCCAACCGCUUCUUUAGCUUGUCGUCCAUCAAAACGUCAAAGAACACCCUUCGUGAGCGUACUGCUCGUCCUGUACAGCCGGUAGCCACUGUUGACAUGGCAUACGGUUCGCCCAUCCGUCAGCCGAAGGCAUUUGUGCAGAAAGCGGUCGCGCCACUGCAAAAGCUGUCUUCAAAGACGCGGUCGGUUGCUCGCAAGAUUGAGAAGGAGAUCAGUAAGCUGCGUCUUCGUGCGACUGUCGAAGACUGCCCGGAGUCUGUUGUCGCGCCCCCAAAUCCUGAGGCCAACGACUUCAAAUACACGCCAUGCAUAGUCAACCUCGAAGACAUUGUCAUCAAAGACAACGUCAUGCCAACUACAGACGGCAACACUUGCCGAGACCUAAUCCAGGCUCCUCGGGUCACAAUGGCAUUCAUGCAGGCAAUGCUCAUGUCUGCCUUCACACACAUCUUCACGAGCGCCCACGCAUCGCAGCAGAAGCUCGAUGAUAUCUCGGUUAAGCUCAAAGAAGAGUACGACGAGGCCUUGACCGAGCUCAAAGAAGAGAACGUUGAGCUCGAAGAGUCAUACGAUUCACUCAACAUGGCUUCGGAAUCGCUCCAGAACGAUAUCGAGAAGAUGCGAGUCGAGGCCAGUAAGAAAGAAGGCACAAUCAACACCCUCCAGAAGAUGAUCAACGUCAUGAACACGAAUAAGCGCGACCUCGAACAAGCUCUCAAGAAUUCUGCAACGGAGAGCUCUCAGGCGCACCGCGACCUCGAGCAGCGCUUCAAGAACGGCGAACGAUUGUACAACGAGCACUAUGAGCAAUACACCAAUGAGCUCAAGCUACGCGAUGAACAACACGCCAUCGAGCUCAAAUAUCUCAAAGACAAGGGCAUGGAACUCGUCUGUGAGCACCUUACUGAGAAGAAUCGCCACGAGAAGACUCAAGAAGAGCUCGCUAAAUGGCAGGCCUCUUGGCAGCAACAGAGUCAGUCGGCCGCUCACGCCAAUCAUCAAGCCGCGCAAUACAAGCAGGAGGCUCGACUAUAUCUCGACGAGCUCAGCCGGACACAAUCUGUACGAGAUCAGUUGGCCGGUGAUCUCGACGUUGUUGAAGGACAACUGCGCCACGAGACGCGCGAAAGCCAGGUGUGGAAGAGCAAAUUCGAGGCUAGCGAGCAAAUGAUGAAGGAGCUUAAGCACUCAUACAAGAACGAGAACAGCAGACUCCAGGGCGAGCUCUGCGAGUUGAGAUCGCAGCUGGAGAAGACUGCGACACCCACUGCGAUCGACAGCAACACCUCUGCCAACAUCUUCACCGCUGCCGGUGUUGGCAACGUGCGUUCUCCCUCGACUGAGACCGCCAGCGCUCGGUUUUUCGGAGGUGUCAGACUUGCUGAGAGCACCGACUCUGUGUCAGAAACCCUCGAUUCUAUCAACAUCAACUUCUCCGGCACAUCAGCACCUAUCUUCGGACAGAGCCCAACGCAGGCUGCGAGUAACCCAUUCGCUGCCACGACAUCUACACCAUCCGGCGCGUCCAAGGUCGCGUCGAUAACCAAUGAAGGCCUCCCGAACGGCGUGAUGAACACAUUCACCUUCGGGCCGGGCAGCAACGCGAGCUUUACGUUCGAGUCAGUGUUCGGGACAGACCUUGGAUCCCGCAACCCUUUCGUGACCGAGUCUGCGAAUGCAGAUGAUGGUUCCACAGAGGAGCCGUUGCAGCAGAAGGAGGAAUCUGCUAGCCUGAGCUCCGCUGCAGAGGAGAUCGAGCAGCUCAGUCCUACCACCAAGCUCGAAGAGGGAACAGCAGACGUCGAAGUACGUCUUGAGGUGGCUGAAUUUGUGGAGAGCGAUCAGGAGACCUUGGUAGCUACGAGCGAGCCCGAUGUCAAGUUCGAGGAGGAGGAGCGUUCAAUUGGAGAUUCCGGCGCCGCUGCUGGUGAGAUUGAGCAAUCCUCUGACACAAACGAGCACGAAGAGCAUACACCGGAUGCUGAAUGUUGGCUUGCGAAGGAAGAGCCUGAGGUUGAGGUCAAGAAGAAGAAGGUGUGGAAGACUAAGACAGCGCCAGCGAAGAUGGUGGGUGGUGUUAGAAUGAAGUCGCGUCGGGGUAAGCCCCGGGUUUGA